AUGGUAUUAAAAAAAAUAAAAUUUCCUUUAGAAAUUAAAUGGCUUUUGUCAUUGGGAAAAAAAUUUGCGCUACCAAUAGACAAAAAAACAUUCCCUCUGUUUCAGUUAAUAGCUGAUGGAGAAGAAGUAAUACGAGAAGUGAAAGACGAAAAGGAACAAGAACUGAUCAGAGCACAGUAUGGCAAUAUGUUGCACUCGUUUCAACGUAGUCAAAACAGCGACCAGUUUGCCAAAUAUGUGCUUUAUGUCAACAAACAAGCUAUCUCUUUCCUUAAGCGAAACAAAAAUAUUAUUAUUCUCUCAGCGGACAAAGGCAAUGUGACUGUAGCGAUGGAGCGUAAUGAAUACGAUGACAAAAUGAGUGUACUUCUCUCUGACCGAAGUACGUAUUGGCGUGUUAGACAUAACCCAACAACAACACUACAAAACCGAAACAAUGAGUUGGUUAAGUGGCUCAACAACAACAACCACAUAGACGAUAAGGAAAAGAACAAAAUGACAACAUACACCGCGCAGCUUCCCUCUAUCUACGGACUACCAAAAACGCACAAACCAAGCAUGCCCAUGCGUCCAAUUGUAUCAUCUUUGAAUUUACCAUGCUAUGAGCUUUCCAGAUUUGUUGGUAGAAUUUUACAAUCAGUGACGAAUGAAACAAAAUACACUGUAAAAAAUUCUUACGAAUUUGUUGACAAAGCGAGAAAUGUUAAAUUACAAAGUAAUGAUGUAUUGGUCUCGUUUGAUGUUAUUUCAUUAUUUACUAACAUCCCAGUACAAUUGGCUAUUAAUAUUAUUAAAAAGAAAUGGGAUACGAUUAGCAGACAUACCAAAAUCAGCCAAACUAAAUUUAUUGAAAUCAUGGAUUUUUGCUUAAAAGACAACAACUAUUUGCAGUUUAAGGACAUUAUCUACAAACAAAUUUUUGGAAUGCCAAUGGGUAACCCUCUUUCGCCCACUAUUGCUGAUUUGGUAAUGGACCAUUUACUUGACGAAUGUUUAACUGGAUGUAAUGCAAAACCAAAUUUUAUAGUGAAAUAUGUUGAUGACAUAUUUGCGGUUAUGGACAAAUACAAAGUCGCAGACUUAUUAUUGAUCCUGAACGGAUUCCACUCCAAACUACAGUUCACUGUUGAAAACGAAAACAACAGUUCUAUAUCGUUCCUUGAUGUCAAAAUCCACCGUAUGGACACUCAAUUGUCGUUUGAUUGGUUUCAAAAACCAACAGCAUCAGGACGUCUGAUCAACUUCCGGUCCAACCAAGCCAAACACAUAAUCUUCAACACAGCUUCCAAUUUAAUUAACAAAGUUUUUACGUUAAGUGACGUAAGAUUCCACCAUUCAAAUACCAUCAAAGUGACCAAAAUUUUAAGCGACAACGGUUUCCCGCCAGCAAUUAUUCGUGGCUUAAUUUUACAACAACAAUGCAGACGCGCUAAACAACAAAGUGAGGAUAACAACAAAGGAUACUUCAAAAGCAUUGUUUACGUUCCAAAACUGGCUGAGAGUUUUAAGCAAGUUGUCACCAAAAACAUCCAAGAUGUCCGAUUGGCUUUUAAAUCUAACCAGACAAUUAGACACCUUUUCACCAAACUAAAGACCAAAAUAGACAGAGAUAAACGCACUGAUGUGAUUUAUAAAAUAAACUGCAAAGGUAAACCUGACGAAACAUGUAACCUUUGCUACAUCGGAACCACCAAACAAUUCUUGCGCCAAAGAUUGUCCAACCACAAAUCUGACAUCAAAAACAAUAACCUGGCUAAAACCGCAUUGGCGGCCCAUUCAAUAGACAAAGGUCAUUCUCCGGAUUUCGAUUGUGUUAAAAUGGAUCUCCAAAAACGUGAAACCUCAAAAACAAAUUGGGAAGAAUUGACUGAUGGCCAAGUGGCUGAAUUCAUCGAUUCUGAAGAAACUGAUGAUGAUAUAUAUAGUAGCGAUGACACGAUUUGUGACCGUUUUUGA